AUGAAACGCUUGGAAAAAUCUCGAAGUAUUGAGUCUAAUUUUAAUCCAGUUGGUCCCCUCACUAUUCAUUGGGACACUAAAUUGCUUCCGUCGAGCUUUGGUAGUGAGAAAGUUGACAGGUUACCGAUUGUUGUGACAUCUUCAACUGGAGAACAAAUUCUUGGAGUACCCUCAUUGAGCCGAGGAACAGGGAAUUUAAUGAGUAAAGCAGUAUUUGAGUAUUUGAAGAAGUGGAAUAUUCUCGAAUUAGUUCGCGUUAUGUGCUUCGAUACUACAAGCUCAAAUACUGGUGUGAAAAAUGGAGCUUGUACAGGACUGCAACUCUUAUUAGGCAGGCAAUUGCUGUAUUUUGCCUGCAGGCAUCAUAUUUUUGAAAUUGUGUUAGAAGCUGCGUUCUCAUCAUGUUUUGGAUCAUCCUCUGGUCCUGAGCCUUCUAUUUUUAUACGUUUUAAAAAUGCGUGGAGUAAUCUAAAUAAGCAAAAUUUUAAAAAUGGUUUAAUCGAUCCAAAAGUAUCGGAAAAAAUUGGUGACAGUUGUGAAAUUAUUAACACAUUUGCAUUAAAAAUGCUCAGUGUCAAUCAACCACGUGACGACUACAAAGAGUUGUUGGAACUGAUUCUGAUUUUCACAGGUUACAUCAAAGAACCUUCAUUUAAAAUACCCGGAUCUAUGCACCAUGCAAGAUGGAUGGCUAAAGCUAUCUAUGCUUUAAAAAUCUUUUUGUUUCGAAAUGAAUUUCCUUUGACAAAACUCGAAACAAAAUCAGCCCAACGACUUUGCGUUUUUGUGGCAUCCGUUUACAUGUUUGGGUGGUUCAAUGCAUCAUUAGUGAUCGAAGCACCCCGCAAUGAUUUAAGGUUUCUAAAAAAUUGGAAAAAUUCAAACAAAUUGAUAAGGCCAUUGCAAAUAAAAAGUUUUCAUCUCAUUUAUGGUAUCUCUCAGAGGAAACAGUCUGCCUCGCAUUAUUUGAUGAAAAAGUGUCCGUUGCAACAAAAAAAAUAUUUUUAA